AGCUGCGCACUGCAUGCAUGCACACAUGCACACAUUCAGUCAUGACCUAAUACAUAUAAAGCUCAAGCUAAGAUCACAAUGCUAGCAGAGGAGUAAGCGAGCUCCAGAAUGGGAAAGAACUUGGGCUUCCAACUAAUGUCAGUCUUACUUUUGGCUGGAGUCAUAACUAAAACUGGUGGAUCUCUUCCCAGGCCAAAGCUCACUGGGCCUAGCAUAGCCUACGUGAAGUCUACAGUAAUGUUUGAAUGUAAGCUGUCUGAGACACUGUCACCUCUGACCUAUGAGCUCGUAAAAGAUAGUGGGGAGGUUCUUCAGACGACAGAUGAUUCACAGGGAGGCCAGCCAAUCACAUUCAGUCUGAGGGUCAACGAAAAGUCAGAGGGACAGUAUUACUGCAGAGUUAGAGCAAGAGGACAAACGAUUACAAGCCACGCUCUGAUCUUUGAAGUAGUGAUCCCUGUCAGAGGCACCCACUUAGUGUCCGAUCCUGACCCACCUGUCAUCUACGAGGGGAAGAGGUUUACACUGAGCUGUCACGUCAGCAAGGGGACUCACCUCGCUUACAUAUGGUACCACAACAAACAGAAAGUGACCUCACCCUCGUCCCUCCAUCGUCUCUCUGGAAACACACUGACAGUGGACAGAGCUACUGAAAGCCAUGCUGGGUAUUACGUGUGUACAGCCACAAACCAGAUGGGGAACAUCAGCAGAGCCUCCAGCAGCUUGGAGGUCAACGUUGUUGUGAAAAAACACCUGUCAGCUCCCACGCUUUCAUUCACACUCUAUCAUUAUGGCUCUGGUUACCAUGCUAAUGUCAGCUGCAGAUCGGAGCGUGGCAGCCCCCCAGUGAAGUUCCAGCUGCUCCUGGAUGGGAAGGAUGUGCCUGUGCAGCAGGAGGGUCCUCUGGAAGCCUGGUUUACUCUGCCUGUCAAUGUGGGGAUGGACAUGGGAACACUGCAGUGCAGAGCAGAGAAUGAUGUCCAGCAGCUUCUCAGUGACCCAAAGGACUUGGAAGUGGUUCCGGUAAGAAGACCAAGUGUGGUGGUUGAGUACCUCCAGACAGCAGACUAUGUGGUUGCAGCUGCCCUGCUCCAGUGUUCCAUCAACAGCGGAACUUUCCCACUUUUCUCCUGGUCCUUCAACCACUCCUCUCUACCAUCACAGGGCCAUUCUCAUGCCUUCACGCUUCAUGGCAAAAGCCUAAUACUCACAGACAUCAACGCCAGUAAUUCUGGGUAUUACAGCUGCCGAGUGAGGGACUCUUUUAACUCUAACUCAUCCUGGCUGGAGAGUGAGGGGGUUUUGGUUGAGAAGACAGUCACAGGCCCUGUUCUACAAUCUCACAUAGAUUUCAAGAUGCCAUCUGUAGCGGUCAUUGCCGUGGCUUUUUGCUGUUUCCUGUUGGCGAUUAUUGUGGGAGGAGCAUGCUGCCUGCUCUGGAGCAUCAAACAUGAGCGUAACCAAGACGGUGGCAACAACCAGGAUGUGGACUCACAAGAACAGACCAACACUGAAGCAGAUCGUACCAUGCUAGAGACUGGGUCUGAGCCACAGGCUGAAGAGACGGAUACCGUUGUUGUGGAAGUAGAAGUUUAGAAUGAGGCACAAAUGUUAAAAAGGACAAAUUUCUUUUUGGUUGACACAGUUGAAUUAUUUAGUACAUUUUAAGGGUAAAAUAUAAGAUAUUUGAAGUAGUUUAUUUAUUAAUUUAUCAAUCAAUUGAUCAAUAUGUUGCAAUUCACAGAGACCACCUGUCAUUUAUUUCAUUUCACCCCAGAAAGGCCAUUGAGUUAUUCAUGUAUCUGAGGAGGUAUUACUGGGGAGAUUAGAUAUAAAUAUUCUCUUGCAUAAGAAAGUGGAAUGUCAAAGGAAAAUAAAUGAAAAAAAAACAGGAGUUUCCAAAACUGGAGUUCAAAAGAUUACUGAGUUUUAGAGAAGAUGGGACUUCUAAUGACCACCUGCAGACCUGGUACACUCUUAAAAAUUGUGGUUCUUCAAGGGUUUUUUUUAUUAGAGGUAAUGGUUCUAUAUAGAACCAUGAAAAUCAAAGAACCCCUGUGCAUGAUUAAAAAGUUCUUUGCAUGGUGAAAAAGUUAAAAAUCUGCAACCAACUUCUGAGACUGAACUUUGGAGUCUCCUGAAAAGAAUGGAGGCCUAAAUAAAGGCAAAGAGUGGACACACUAAAUACUGAAAAACCUAUAUUUAGUCAAAUAUGUUUUUCUGGUUGUGCCCUGAAAAUGAAAGUUGGCCCCUUUCAAUGGAAAUUAAGUAAAUGAAAGGGUGGUCUCUGACUUUAUGGUAUGGUACAAAUAUCACAGUAUGGUACAAAUGUCAGUGUUAGCCAACUGGCUAAUGUUAAACUGUAGGCCUCAGCAAUAGAUGACUGACACAACUAUGUCUUUAUUUUCCUUUCCACUGUUCCAUAGCAGCAUCUGAUGGAACCUAGUUGCUCUGCUCAUGGAUCUGAAGUAUUCAUGGCUUUGAACAAAGCCCCAGAGUGCUACCCUACAGAUAGUGACAUGCUGAACCAGCCUACUGAUCUUAUUUAUAACAGAUUUCAUCUUUUCAUCCUUUUUUUAUUGUUUUGUUACAGUACAUUACUGUGACUAUAAAUGUGUAUGCUAAUAAAACACUACUUGUGCUAAAUUGUAUGCUAAUAAAUGCACUACAACAAAAGGAAACAUCUUAUGAUAUUUAUUUUUGAAUGUAUAGACAGAAUCUUGAAUGUAUAGACAGAACACUACGCACUUCAUUUUGUGAAUUUUAUAGUAUAUGGCUGUUAUUAAACAAAAAGUAGUUAAACAUUCUGUGCUACACAGGAUUUUUCAGAAGGUAUAGACUCAAAAUAAUGGCCAAGUCGCGAGC